CUCUCAUUCGUGUGUGAGAGAAGGUUGCGUGCGUAUCGCGUGUUUUUGAGUCUUUGUGUCUUCAAAUUUUUCCUACGUUAUUUUUAUAUUUUUAUUUUACUUCAUCAACUGAACUCGUCUUGUGAAUUGAAAAAUCUAGUCUACAGUUGACUUCUCUCGUAUCCAAACGCGCGUUUCAAUAAUUAAAACUUUAAUAUAAUUUUAUGAGUGUAGUGUAUAUUGUUUACUUGAAGUUUAUAAAAAAAAAAUAAAUUUUUUUUGGCGUUUUUACGUGUGUUGUACACGGGCGUGCUCAGGUAAUCACCGGCGGCCAUCAUUGUUGUCAACAUGGCGGGCAAAGGAGGUCUUGCCAGCGAGCAUGGCCGCACAGACUCAUAUAGAGUCGCCACGUUACCGAACGUUCGCGACGACAACAAAACUGCUGAUGGAAUGUAUAAGUCGCGGCGAAAGGCCCCUAAGAAGAAGGGAGAUUUAGAUGACUUGAAACAGGAGUUGGAUAUCGACUUUCAUAAAAUUAGUAUUGAAGAACUUUACCAGAGGUUUCAGACCCAUCCAGAAAAUGGGCUGAGCCAUGCGAAAGCAAAAGAAAAUCUGUUGAGAGACGGUCCCAAUUCAUUGACGCCACCGCGAACAACUCCGGAAUGGGUUAAGUUUUGUAAAAAUCUGUUCGGAGGUUUCGCCCUGCUGCUGUGGAUCGGUGCAUUCCUCUGUUUCGUCGCGUAUGGUAUCCAAGCGUCGACGAGCGAGGACCCCAAUGACGACAAUCUUUACCUUGGUAUUGUACUCGCUGCUGUUGUAAUAGUGACGGGUAUAUUCUCAUACUACCAGGAAAGUAAGUCAAGUAAAAUAAUGGAGUCGUUCAAAAACAUGGUGCCGCAAUUUGCGACAGUGCUGAGAGAAGGUGAAAAAUUGACACUGAGAGCCGAAGACAUUGUGCUUGGUGAUGUUGUCGAGGUUAAAUUCGGUGACCGUAUACCCGCUGACAUCAGGAUAAUCGAGUCACGAGGCUUCAAAGUGGACAACAGUUCGCUGACUGGUGAAUCUGAGCCCCAGUCGAGGUCACCGGAGUUCACCAACGAGAAUCCACUUGAAACUAAGAAUCUUGCGUUCUUCUCAACCAACGCAGUCGAAGGUACAGCGAAGGGUGUAGUGAUAUGCUGUGGUGACAACACCGUGAUGGGCAGGAUCGCUGGUCUUGCGUCAGGAUUAGACACCGGCGAGACACCAAUUGCUAAAGAAAUCCACCACUUUAUCCAUUUGAUUACCGGCGUUGCUGUAUUCCUCGGUGUGACCUUCUUCCUUAUUGCCUUUAUCCUUGGAUACCACUGGCUUGACGCUGUUAUUUUCCUUAUUGGUAUUAUUGUAGCAAACGUACCUGAAGGUCUACUGGCCACUGUUACUGUAUGUCUUACACUGACUGCUAAAAGAAUGGCCUCCAAAAAUUGUUUAGUUAAGAAUCUUGAGGCUGUAGAGACACUUGGAUCGACGUCGACAAUUUGCUCUGACAAGACCGGAACUUUGACCCAAAACCGAAUGACUGUUGCCCACAUGUGGUUCGACAACCAAAUCAUCGAAGCCGACACGACAGAGAACCAAUCUGGCGUGCAGUACGAUCGCACGAGUCCUGGAUUUAAGGCUCUAGCCAAGAUCGCCACUCUUUGUAAUCGAGCUGAAUUUAAACCCGGACAGGAGGGCGAGCCCAUCCUCCAGCGCGAAGUUAACGGUGAUGCCUCUGAAGCUGCCUUGCUUAAAUGUAUGGAACUCGCACUCGGCGAUGUUAUGGGGAUUCGUAAAAGAAAUAAAAAAGUAUGCGAAGUACCGUUCAAUUCAACAAAUAAGUAUCAAGUUUCAAUUCAUGAAUCCGAUGAUCCAAAUGACCCGCGUUAUUUACUUGUAAUGAAGGGUGCGCCUGAGCGAAUUCUUGAUCGUUGUUCAACUAUUUUCAUCGGUGGGAAAGAAAAAGUACUCGAUGAGGAAAUGAAAGAGGCAUUUAAUAACGCGUAUCUUGAACUUGGCGGUCUUGGCGAGCGUGUUCUCGGAUUCUGCGACUACGUUCUCCCGUCCGACAAAUACCCUGUCGGCUUCAAAUUUAACUCUGACGAUCCCAAUUUCCCAACAGAAAACCUCCGUUUCGUAGGACUUAUGUCUAUGAUUGAUCCUCCAAGAGCUGCCGUCCCCGACGCCGUAGCCAAAUGCCGAUCCGCUGGUAUCAAAGUUAUCAUGGUCACUGGUGACCAUCCGAUCACUGCCAAAGCCAUCGCUAAGUCUGUCGGUAUCAUUUCUGAAGGCAACGAGACUAUUGAAGACAUUGCUCAGCGUUUGAACAUCCCCGUGUCCGAAGUGAACCCACGUGAAGCCAAGGCUGCAGUAGUUCACGGUGGUGAGCUCAGAGAUCUUGACUCCGACCAGCUGGAUGAGAUUCUCAGGUAUCACACCGAAAUUGUGUUCGCUCGUACCUCGCCCCAGCAGAAACUUAUUAUCGUUGAAGGAUGUCAGCGUAUGGGUGCUAUUGUCGCUGUAACUGGUGAUGGUGUAAAUGACUCGCCAGCUUUGAAAAAAGCAGACAUUGGUGUUGCUAUGGGUAUCGCUGGUUCCGACGUAUCAAAACAAGCUGCCGACAUGAUUCUGCUGGACGACAACUUCGCAUCAAUUGUAACUGGAGUCGAGGAGGGCCGUUUGAUUUUCGAUAACUUGAAGAAAUCUAUCGCCUACACCUUGACAUCUAACAUCCCCGAGAUCUCACCUUUCCUUGCAUUCAUUCUCUGUGAUAUCCCACUUCCACUUGGAACCGUCACCAUUCUCUGCAUCGAUUUAGGAACUGACAUGAUACCAGCAAUAUCACUGGCGUACGAGCAUGCUGAGUCGGACAUAAUGAAGAGGAGUCCACGUAAUCCCCUCUUUGACAAACUCGUUAACGACAGGCUUAUUUCAAUGGCGUACGGACAAAUUGGUAUGAUCCAAGCAGCUGCUGGAUUCUUCGUGUACUUCGUGAUCAUGGCUGAGAAUGGUUUCCUUCCAAGAGAUCUCUUUGGUAUCAGAAAAAUGUGGGAUUCAAAGGCCAUCAAUGAUUUGAAAGACAGCUAUGGUCAAGAAUGGACAUACAAAGAUCGUAAAGCACUCGAGUUUACCUGUCACACAGCUUUCUUUGUAUCAAUUGUAAUUGUGCAGUGGGCUGAUUUAAUUGUUUGUAAGACACGUAGAAACUCAAUUGUUCAUCAAGGAAUGAGAAACUGGGCCCUUAAUUUCGGAAUAGUCUUCGAGACAGCACUUGCUGCUUUCCUCAGUUACACACCCGGUAUGGACAAAGGUCUUCGUAUGUACCCACUCAAGUUCGUGUGGUGGUUACCAGCAAUUCCGUUCAUGUUGGCCAUCUUCAUUUACGAUGAAACGAGACGAUUCUACCUCCGCCGGAACCCAGGAGGAUGGCUGGAGCAAGAAACUUACUAUUAAACGGUCAUGUACAGCGAGACGCAUACCCACGCGGAAACACGUAAUAAUAAUAAAAAUAAAAUAAAUAAUAAUAAUAUUAAUAAUAAUAAUAAUAACAAUAAAAAUAAUAAUAAAACAAGAUCUAAAUCACUCACAUACAUACAACACAUGUUAAACACACGGGGCGUGCUACUAAAUCGAUCUGUACUGUCGCGAUGGAGGCUGGAGAUGUGCUUCGUUUGCGAGAUCUCAUGGCUUUAGGAUCACUCGCAGCGAUAACGAGACCGGAAAUGAGUGGUACGAACAUACAAGAUUAUAAUUAUUAUAACUCAAUCGCCAUCAACAUCACCAUCAUCAACAACAACAACUACAACUACAAAUACUAAACACUUUGAAGAAUCCAACGAGCCGAGUAUGGACGGUUCGUCGAAUUCGUCAACCCGGCACGCUCCGACGACUAGUUACUUACACGUGAUAAGAAUCUCUUAGGAAUUUUGAAACCAGAGGAUGUGCGCCGUCUUGAUCUUGAGAUUGUUCAUAGAGCCAUAUAAAAAAUUUAUAAAUAUAUAUAGUAAUAUAAUAUUUAAUAAAUAACAAAGCACUGGUGGAUUUAAUAACACAAUAAAUACAGAACGUGGAAAUGAGUCACUGCCCUUAAUUCGAAAUGCUCGAAUGAGUUCCGACAUUGAAUAAUAAAUCUGUAUUAUGAAUGGGCAAAUGCCGGGGAUUGAGAUAAUGAAGCGUGCAUCCAGCCGGAAAGAUAUUCAAAUAAUCGACCAAUAUAAAUCUAUACAUAUAUAUGUAUAUGUAUAUAUGUAUGUAUAUAUAUAUAUAUAUAUAUAUAUAUAUAUAUAUAUAUAUAUAUAUAUAUAUAUAUAUGUAUAAAACAAAUAGUGUGAGUAUAUGAUGAGCUUUCACGUGAUCAAGAAACAAAGUCGGGUUUGACGGGCCUAAAAAAUAAUUAAAAAAAAACAGUAGAUCGUAGAAUGAGUUAAAAAAAUUAAAAAAUUAAUUGAACAAUAAUGGAUAAGCGGGGUAAGCUGACCGUGAUAUGUUAUAAUAAAAAAUAAAUUAAUAAUUGAAACAUGGAUCGAAACUGCGUAUGUUAAAACUCGCGAUAACAUUUAACUCAGCUCGUGAGCAUGUUUCAAUUAAAAUAAAUAUUCAAAAUUCAAUCAAGUAUACAACGUUAAAUUUGAUCAUUAUGAAAAAUAAAUAUUAAUUUUUAAAAAUAAUAAAUAAUAUAUUUAUUAUUAUUAUUAUUGAUAAAAAUAAAAAUGAAAAAAAAAAAAAAAAAAAAAACAAAAUGCGGCUACCGCAAAUAAAGAUAUAUAUAAUAAUUAUUGAUUAUUAUUAUUAUUAACUAUUAAAUCUAGAUGUCUUGUGAUAUCAGGGAAUCUAAUAGACCUGUUAAUUAGCGAUUUAUUAUUUUCAAAAAUCAUAAAUAAAUAAUAAAAAAUAAUAAUGUACCUUAGAAUUGGCAUGCUUUAAGAUUUAAAAGUAAAAAUAUUUAAAAAAAUACACGGAUGAAUAGACAAUUUAUUAUAUAAUUGCUAAAGUGAAAGAUAAUAAAUAUAAAAAGCUCGCAGGAUAUUUAUAAAUGUCUCGACACCAAAUUAUCUCAACAUUAAACUCAAUAAAUAAAUUAUUUACGAGGUUUAAUUAAGACAUCAGUACGCUAGAUUGGCACGCCCUAGUUUUGAAAAAUUAUUUAUUUAUUUUUAAAAUCAUUAUGUUUACCGGAAGAAGAAAAUUCAUUCAGCAGAGCAGAUUAUCAGUGGUAUCGAGCGUCGUCAGGUUAAAUUACCACCAGCAACAUCAUUCAGAUUGCGUCACGUUAUUAUUCUAUUUAAAUAAAAAUUCAAAAUAAAAACCAUCAUUACUUUUAUUGAAGAACGAAGAGAAGAGGGUCGACAACAAACAGCGAUUUUAAAAAUACAAUAGCAUUAAAACAAACAAAAUCUAAUCCAUCGAUGCGCGUGCUCGUUGAUAAGCCAUCAGUAUAAUUAUAAUAAAAAAAUUGUAAUAAUAAAAAAAUAAAAGUUAAACAACCAUUGA